AUGAGCUUGAAGGACAGAUUAAAACCGCUGUUAAAAAUAUUUAAGUAUUCUUCUAUUGUUGGUGGCAGUGCUUUACUAAUAGCUUAUCAUUUUAAACAGACACAUAUAAGGAUCUCUAAAAUAGUGAAUCCAUGUGUUCUCGAUGCUGGAAAGAAAUGUUCCCCAGAGUAUAUUUAUAUAGAUGAUCCCUCAUAUGAUGCUGCUAUGAAAGCUGAAAAUGACAGGGAAAACAAACAAACCGUAGGUCUUUCACGGAUUUGGAAGAGUCUUAAGUAUUCAUUAGCCUGGAAACUUCUUUGGCUUUGUCGACAUGGAAGUAAAGAACAACGAAAUAUAGCUUUAGAACAAUUAGCAGCAUUUAAAAAUAAUAAAAGUUGGGAUUGUUUAAAGUUAGCUCAAGCUUUUGACCAUGAUACCGCAGUUUUACUUGCUCGGACACGGGGAGCUGACUUAAGGUAUUUUUUACCACCUCCCAUACAUGUCCGCAGAGCAGCUUUAACUUCAGAAUUAACAUCAUUUAAGUUAAGGGACUUACUUACAGCUGUACAAGGUGUCAAUCCUCAUGGUUGUAUACAAUACUUUCUAACAAAAUAUUUUUUUAAUGUUCAAGAACAACCUGUAGAAGUUGAUGUACCCAAUAAACCAGAUAGUCUAACUGAGAAAGAACUUUGUAUUUUAUGUCUUGAUGGGAUCCAUCACCACUUGUCACUAUUCUAUCAAAAAAGUUAUGAAGAAGAUGUGUCUGUUCAAACCUUAAUGAAAUUAGGAAUUUUACCUUGCUUAGCUGAACUUCUAUUAAGAUAUCACAAUGAUAUUGAUAUGGAUAUAGCUGUAUUAAAAGUGCUUACUAUAUUAAGUAUACAUAAAAAUCUUUCAAAAGAUUUCUUUCAAAAUGGUUUAGUAAGAGACUUAUCAAGAUUAUUAAGAUCAAAUGAUGUACGUUUAGCAAGUUCUGCUGCAGUAUCCUUAGUUAAUAUCUCUGGAGAAUUUUUAUUCAGACCUGGUUUAUAUUUGUUGUACCCAUUAUACAGAACUCCUGUUCAGUAUACUUGUGAUACCUUGUUGGUGCAUGGUCUUAGAGGUGGUGUGUUUGUUACAUGGCGACAAAGAGAUAAAACAUGCUUUAAGCCUAUUGGUAUUUUAGAAGUAUCUGUUUCUGAUGCUGACUGUAAUCCAUGUAAGGAAAAUGAAACAGAGGCUAAAUACUAUGACCUAGAUCUGCAGCAGGUUUUAGACGAUAUCAUAGAAAUAGAAGAAGAGUCAUUACUGUCAAAUAUGGAAGUUGUUUUACAUGAUCUCCCAAUAGAUGCCAAACGUGAAACAAACUUAAAUAAAUUUACAGCAAAAAAGAAAAGGAAUGCCUUGAUACAAGAAGAAGAAGAUAAAUGCAGCUACACAUUCUGUUGGCCAAAGGAUUGGUUACCAAAAGAUUGCAAAAAUUUAAGAAUUUUAGGAAUCAAUUAUUGGAGUUCCCUUUCUGAAUGGUUAGAACAUUGUCCCUUACAAAAUGCCGAUAUAUCAACAAGAGCAGCUGAACUUAUACCAAAAUUGGUUGAUGCUGAAGUGGGAAAGAAAAAUGUUGUCUGGCUAACUCAUUCCAUGGGAGGCCUCAUAGUAAAGCAGUUGUUAAUAGAAGCAUCCGAGAGUAGCAAUACUUUAAUUAAACAAAUAAGUAACUGCACAAAAGCCAUAUUCUUUUACAGUACACCACAUAAAGGCAGUGCCCUAGCCACUAUGCCAAGAGCAGCAGCUGCUGUUUUAUGGCCAUCACAAGAUGUAAAACAAUUGCAAGAAAAUUCACCACUGCUGCUUGAUAUCCACAAAGAUUUUAUUAAGUGUGCUGAAAGAUACAACUGGGAGACAAUUAGCUUUGCUGAAACAUUACCAACUCCUGUUACUGCUUUUAAAGUACCAAUUCAUUUUGUAGAACCUAAUUCUGCCGAUCUUGGCAGAGGAAUGUUCUAUCAAUUACCAUUAGACCAUUUAUCCAUUUGUAAACCAGCUACUCGGCAAUCAGUUUUAUAUACAACUGUUUUAGAUGUCCUACAGAGGGUAAUAGCAGAAGAUGUAGAAUUGCAUAAGUCAAACAAUUACAUACAAAGUUUUAUUGAUUAUAUUCUGUGGACAACAAGAUUGAAAAUAAAAGCUAUUAUUGAAAUAUUAGAUGAAGCACAGAGUGCAGAACGUCUUCGUAGUUUAGAAAAAACAUUGUUAAGUACAUUUACAGAUGAUUUCUGGGAUUAA